GGGUGAACCGUCUUGACGGUCGGUUUGAGGGUUUCUCUGCUGUCUGCCAGUACCGUACUGUACUGGAGAUGCCAAGAUGGCUGCAAGCAAUUAUUUCGGCUUCACACAUGGUGCCGGUCCGCAAUACAGUACCCAGCCUCCCCCGGCGUACUCCCAUCCCUCUACAGCCAGUUACAGUGUCCAGCAGGCUCCAGCUGUAGCUCACGCAGUGACCGCGUCCUACUCUCCAGCUCCAGUCCAGGCUGCUCGGCCUGUGGUCACUGCUCCUUACCCUACCUAUCAGAGCCACCAGGCUCCCCCUGACUACGCCUACAGGCAGCCAGAUCCCCCGGUUCCUCCGCAGCCCACCACCACCCCACAGACGUACCAGGUAUACUCGGACACGCAGGACAACUACAGCUACGGGCGCCCUGCGGCUGUGACUACUUAUGACAAUAAACAGUACUACCAGACGACUAUAGCUACAGCUCAGAGGACGCCCACAGAGAAUUACUACCAGACUGUAGGAGUAAAGAGUGCUUACAGUCCAGCCCCCUCCACUGUGUACAGCCAGCCUCCUCCUCCCCAGAGGCAGGUAACGCCCCUGAAGCCACUGGCUCCCUCUGUGUCCCCCAGCUACAACAUCUACGCAGUGUCCACCAGUGUCCAGCAGCCGCCCACACCCAUUUCAUCCUACACCCUCGGGUCCUCCUUCGGCUCCACUGCUCCAGUCACCACCUACUCAGGCAUUAACUACUCCACUUAUGACUCAACUGGCUACACCUCCACAUCCACCCCCUCCUAUUACCAGCCGGCCCGGCAGACUCUUACACAGCCGCAGCCUCCACCUCAGCAGCCACAACAGUCCCAGCCCCCCAUCCAGCCACCACCUAAGCAGCUGACAAGCUCAUCCUGGAGCAACUCGGGCAGCAACAUGGUGACAGCUCCGACUGUAAACACCUACAAAAAGCCCACGUUCCACCAGAGCAAGCUGCAGAAGCCCAAAGGGCCUCCCAAGCAGCCCCAGCUCCAUUACUGUGACAUUUGCAAGAUCAGCUGUGCAGGCCCUCAGACAUAUCGGGAGCACCUUGAGGGCCAGAAGCAUAAGAAAAAGGAGGCAGCUCUCAAAUCUGGGGGCCAGACAGGGGCCAGCAACGGACCCAGAGGAGUCCAGACUCAGUUACGCUGUGAGCUAUGUGACGUCUCCUGCACCGGAGUGGACGCCUACGCCGCCCAUAUCCGGGGGGCCAAACAUCAGAAGGUGGUGAAACUUCACACCAAGCUGGGCAAACCUAUCCCUUCCACCGAGCCAGUGUUGGUGAAUUCACCCCCAGUUAUCACAACCUCGACAGCUGGGAAACCUCCCGUCUCCACGUCCACUCCUGCCUCUGUGUCAACCACUCCAACUCCCACUGUGACGCCCAAGGUGGCUGUAAAUGCCACAGCCAAAACAUCAGCACCUGUCAAGAAACAGGCUCCUUCAAAAAUAACUGUCAUUUCCAAUAAGCCUGUCAGCACUCCAGCAGCUGCAGUGACAGCAGCAGCAGCAGCAGCAGCAGCGGUGGUGGCUGCCAAGGCGGAGGAGCCGAUGCAACUUUCAGUCCAGAGGAGAGACCUUCAGAGUGACGAUGAGGACUGUGACAGAGCUGGAGGUCAGGGAGACAUCCAGCCAGUGGGACACGACUAUGUAGAGGAGGUCCGUAAUGAUGAUGGCAAAGUGAUUCGUUUCCACUGUAAACUGUGCGAGUGCAGCUUCAACGACCCUAACGCUAAAGACAUGCACUUGAAAGGAAGAAGGCACAGACUCCAAUACAAGAAGAAAGUAAACCCGGACCUUCCUGUGGAGAUCAAGCCCAGUAACCGGGCCAGGAAGCUGCAGGAGAGCAAGCUGAAGAAGCAAAAGCAGAAGGCCGUGCUGAAGAGACAGAGAGAUGACGAGCAGCGCUGGCACAUGGAGAUGAGGUCAGACUCAUGGCCAAAGCGAUAUGAGGAGGACAUGUACUGGAGGAGGAUGGAGGAGGAGCAGAUGUACUGGGGGGAGCAGAGGCGCAGGAUGGCUCCUCCGCCCUUGAUGAGCCGUCCUGGUAUGCCAGUACCCCCUCUACUGACGUGUGUGCGUCGGCCAGACUCUCCUGAUGACCGUCACAUCAUGGCGAAACACUCGACCAUUUACCCCGUAGAGGAAGAGCUGCAGGCUGUCCAGAGGAUUGUCUCCCACUCUGAGAGAGCCCUAAAACUGGUGUCCGACUCCCUGCUGGAGAAGGAGACACCACCUGUUGAGACCGCUGCUACUGAGGGAGGAGAUGAAAAAGGUACUGAGAACUCAGCACGGCUGCUAAAAGGUGUGAUGAGGGUGGGGAUCCUGGCCAAAGGCCUGCUGCUUCGUGGGGACAGAAACGUUGAGCUCAUCCUGCUGACUGCUAAGAAACCUACCAUCACUUUACUGAAGAAUAUCGCCAAGCAUUUGCCCAAAGAACUGGAGACAUUUUCUGAAGAUCAGUAUGAGGUGCAGGCUCACCCCGAGGAGGCGAACAUCGUGAUAUUUUCAAGCAAGGAGCCCAAAAUGCAGGUGACCAUUUCUCUUACCUCGCCGCUGAUGAGGGAGGACCCUGCUUCUGAGAAGGACAAGCAGGCAGGAGGAAAAGCGGCUGAGAAAGGUGUGGCUGAAAAAGACCCGACUGAUCUUCUGAAUAAAAGGAAAUGUCUGGAAUAUCUGGCUGCUCUACGUCACGCCAAAUGGUUUCAGGCUCGGGCCAACGGGCUGCAGUCCUGUGUGAUCAUCAUUCGGGUGCUGAGAGAUUUAUGUCAGCGGGUUCCCACCUGGGGGAAGAUGCCUGGCUGGGCGAUGGAGCUGCUGGUGGAGAAAGUGAUCAGCAGUGCUGCAGGCCCGCUCAGCCCAGGAGAGGCCAUGCGCAGAGUCCUGGAGUGCAUCUCCACAGGAAUCCUGCUGCCAGAUGGACCAGGGCUGAUGGACCCCUGUGAGAAAGAGCAGACAGAUGCUUUAGAAAGCAUGAUGCUUCAGGCCAGAGAGGACAUAACUGCCAGCGCACAGCAUGCUCUGCGGCUGCUUGCUUUCCGUCAGAUCCACAAAGUGCUGGGCAUGGAGUCUCUGCCAGCGUCAAAGGCCAGCGCUCGCAACCGCAAACGUCGACGGGACGGCAGCGACACGGGCGAAGGGGAGGGGGAGGGCAAAAAAGACAAGAAGGAAGAAGUAGAGAGGGCUUGACCCCUGCCUCCAGAGUGGAGGCGUUUGCUAGUUUAGAGACUGGUAGAAUGUCACAACUUUCAAAUUUUCUUAUCUUGAAAACAAUCUUAACACGCAGCUAUAAACAUAUGAAUAUAACGGACUGUACAUGUUACAUGUCUACCCUUGAAUUAAGAGGAAUAAUGUGUUGCGAAGAGGAGACUGAAGCUUGAGAAUCUGUUCUGCAAAUCCUUCUCUUGUAUAGUAAUUACCUGCAGAUUCAGGGUCUUUUAAAGUAAAUUGGCUCAGUAAAGAAUCAUUUAACGCCUCAUUCUGCUCCAGUAUAAUUCAGCACACUAACUUCUGAUCAUCCCUCUUCAGUUUAUUCACAACAGUUAAAGGGAUGGUUUAGAUUUUUGUGGGUUUGUAUGAAGUACUUAUCCAAAGUCAGUGUAGUACCUACAGUAGAUGGUGACAGCACACCCCGGCUUGGAGAAGCAGGCAGGCAGCACCAGACUCCAUUGACAAAAGCUGUAAUUUUACCUCCCAGAACACUUUAGUUACUGGUCUACCGCUGCGUCAUCUUAAUCUUUGUUAUUGUGUGACUUUUGUGAUGUGAAAAGUUAGUUUAGAUUCACAAAAGUCACACAAUAACACAGACUACCCAUACAAGGCAGCAGUAGACUAGCAAGUCCUGUGUCCUAAGGUGUAAAAUUGCGGUUCCUGGUGGUUUUGACAAGAUUGUAAAUAACAGCUUCAGUUCCCCUUUAUAAACUUAACAGGGCUCUCUGACGGCAAGGUUAAACGGUAAAAAAUUUGAAAACAUACAAUACACUUGAAUAUGAAGUCAUUUUUGUUUUCGAAAACAAUUUAAAGUACAUUUUGUUCUGCUGCUACAUUGCAUAGCUUGUUUCUCCAAACUGAAGGGAUUGCUAUCUACUGUAGGUAAUACACAGUGUCGGUGGGUAAGUACCUCAUACAACCCCACUAAAAAUAAAUCUGCACUUUAACUUUAAACCACCACAGUCAACUACAGUUUAAUUGUUUUUAUUGUGUCAAAGCCUUCAGUUAAAUCAUCAGCACCUUUAGCUUUAUUUCCUGAAGACUCUGAACUUGACUUGCUUGAGUUGCUGAACUAAUGUUGGUGCAUGACAAUUGUACACCAAAAUGUGUUUUUCAGUCUGCUAAACAAACAAACAAACAAACAAACAAAGAUGGGGGUUCAAGUUUGAAAGCUUUGAAACUGUGAGAGAGAUCACAGGAGACUGUGUUUAGGAUCUAUAUACAAACAGUACUGUGAUGUUCAGUGUGCCUAACAUGGCACAUUAGUGAUAAAUUGGUGUGACGCUGUUUCAGCACCUUCAUGAGCUCUCUCCCUCUAAACUACAGUUUCAACAUUUCCUCGUACAUUUUGAAAACCUGAGGCAUCACACUUUAAAAACAAGGCAACAUUGAAAUAACUUCCCCUUGAAAAUGAGUCAAGAAGGUUUAACGAGAAAGACAUUGUUUUUUUCUUUCUGUGGAGGUCACACUGGAGUGUAAAUCUGUCUCUAAGGAGAGAGAAGUCUUAUGUUGCACAGUCUGUAGCAUGCUGAGGGAAUGAAGCACUUACGAAAUGACAAUGUUACUGUAUGCAGCCAUAAUUUUAUCAUCUAAGUAAUUAUGCCUAGCAAUCUUUUUUCUUCCAGAGUAUGGUUAGCAUAGGAGAGAAGCUUUAGUCCGAAAAAAUAAGACUGAAUAUCUACUGUAAUGAUCAAGUAGUCCUUUGACUUUCUUCCUUGUGCCUGCAUCAUGUUGUGUAUUACGGAGUAAGGGGAACAUUCAUGAGUUGUUUUUUUGUCAGAUUAAUAUUGUAAUAAUCUUAUCUCACAAAGAUGUAGGAUGGGGGAGGGACAGUUGCACAACUCUUUGGCUUAAAAGUUGAUGUGAGGAGAGAAUUAUUGUGCCGUUUUUAGUUUGAGUUAUCGAGAGCAUCGUAUAUAAGUACUGCUUAUUUUAUUUCUGAAGGAUGUUGCAAUCUAUUUUGUAUUGCUUAAACGGAGAGUGUGAACGUUGCUGUCCUUAUUAUUUGAAUGUCUUUGUAGUGUUGCGUAAAAAUUAAGGGACGGUAUUAAAACACUUUUAAGCCA